GUAGAAUGUAUUUAGAAUCAAGUAUGCCCUUUUCUAUGCGGACAUCGCUCUCUAGAGUCUACAAUCAUCUUUGCAAAGCCAAUUACUCAAUCAAAACUGUCUGAACUUAUCGAAUUAUCCAUCCUCUUGCUAUUUUAUCGUUAUCCCAGAGCGACGCCUUAUUUUUAUGGCCAACGUUUCGCUUUCGCCCCCACAUUUUUAGUUUAGACGUAAGUUCGAACUCCAUGACUUUCCAUCUCGUCAUGAUGCUCAAUUCCAUCAUGUACAGAGAACAAUGAGCAACAGCCCUUCCAAGCAAAAAGCGGAUGUGGACACCCGCUGGAUUCAGCAAUUGCGAAGAAACAACAAGACAACGCCCUCGUGGGCGUGUACGUUGUGCCCCGAGCGCAGGAUAUUCACGUCCAAUCAAGCACUAUGGGAACAUUGCCAAUCAGAUCACCUCCAACGCCUCCCUCCAGGAGAAGAUGCACUGCACAAAUUUCGACAAGAAUAUGAGGCUGAAUGUGCUCAGAAGACUUCCAGGCCUACGAGAGAUGACUCCAAACGGCAGCCAAACCUGAACGAAGCAAACAGAGCUGGCCCCGAGCCACCGCCGUCAAAACGUCCGCAUUCUACACCGACACGACUGGCCGCCGCGCGAUCAAUUUCAGGACUUGGAGCUCUGAAUUUAGGCACACCUGAAGAUGUUGAUAUGAGAGACUUGUCCGAUGAAGCGGCAGAUGGCCAGCCUCGAAAACGAGCGGCACUAGGUGACGGUAUAAGUGCUGGCUCUGCCAGUCCAUUUCGCGAUUCUUCUGCCUCUCCUCCACCUCGGCGAUCGAAAGCAAGACCCACGUCCGCACCUUACACAAGUGGAGAAACCGAGCCAGACAUGUACGAUAUACAGAGGCCGGCAAAUCCGAGGAAACAACUUUGGACGGAACAAGACACUCCGUUGACAAGAUCUUCCGUGGCGGAUCCUUCAAAUAUAGCUUCCGUCCAAGUUCAAAGGGCCAGGAAGUUGAUAUCUCAGCCGAAAAUACAGAAGCCUCUUCCAGUUUCAUCCAGUACGAGAACACCACUUGCACCGUCAAACAAUAAUGCUGUUAAUAAAUCCGCCUCGUCUCAAAAUCUGUUCUCGUCUACAAGCGAUGAUAAUUACGAUAUAAUUCUUCAGCCCGAAACUCGACCCAUAUCUCAGGAACAACUAGUCGCCGAAGUGAAAGGGAUCUAUGCUGGGCUCGUGAUGGUCGAGGCAAAAUGCAUCGAAGUUGAUAACAAACAAGCUAUGCUAGCGCAAGGAGAUCCUCAGCCGCCACCAAAAUUGAACAACGAACAAUGGCAGGCGCUCAUUGCGCUCCACCGGACUCUUUUACAUGAGCAUCACGACUUCUUCCUCGCCUCUCAACAUCCUAGCGCUUCUCCAGCUCUCCGACGGCUCGCUUCGAAGUACGCAAUGCCGGCUCGAAUGUGGCGCCAUGGUAUCCACUCGUUUCUGGAGCUUCUCCGCCAUAGAUUACCAGCAAGUCUUGACCACAUGCUUGCCUUCAUCUAUCUUGCUUACUCGAUGAUGGCGUUGUUAUACGAGACGGUUCCUGCUUUCGAAGACACUUGGAUCGAGUGCUUGGGCGAUCUAGGUCGCUACAGAAUGGCCAUCGAAGACGACGACAUCAGAGACCGCGAAGUAUGGACAGGAGUUGCACGCCACUGGUACUCGAAAGCCUCGGAUAAAGCUCCUACCACCGGCAGACUGUACCAUCACUUGGCCAUCUUAGCCAGACCAAAUGCGCUGCAGCAACUGUUUUACUACUCGAAAUCUCUAUGUGUGGCUGUCCCAUUUGUCUCUGCGCGAGAGUCCAUUCUUACUCUCUUCAACCCUGUGCUGGAUGCGGACCCAACUCAUGGUCAACUGAGGUUACCUCCUCUCGAUAUGUUUUUCGUCAAGGCUCACGGCUUGAUGUUCACAAAUAAACACAUCGAGAAGUUCAAGGAAACAAAGAAGGAGUUUCUUGGUCUUCUUGAUAAUCAGAUCGGCCGCGUCACAAGAAAGUUUAUGGAGCAAGGCUACCAUAUCGCCAUUGCAAACAGUGUUGCAAUGACUGGUUUUGCUGCGAAAGAUAAUGUGCUGAUGCAACUCAUCUCGCCAAACAAAGAUGGUGGUGACGUUGCCAUGGCAGGCAAUGCUUCUCAACAGUCGAUGGAUACGUUCAAACUUGCAGUCGGUCUCAGCAACGAUACUCUUAGGAUUGUCCUACAGAGGAUCGGUGAUCCCAAUGUGCUUCCAUUCCUUCAUGUAGUCCUUGUUUUCAUGUUCAGCAUGACUCGUCACGCUGGUGCUAUGGAUCUGCUUCAAGAGGAUUUCCCUUGGGAUCUCCUUGCGAUUAUGCUUAAUACGUUAUUGGCGCAAUACAAGACACUCGCUCGUAUUGAAGCCGAGCAGUUCCCACUGCCUGCAAUGGACGAUUUCCGUCCAUUCCCAGAAGACUUUGCUCUACGUGGGCUUCUGUGGACGGAGAAUUACUUCCCUCCAGAGUGGUUCACACAUGAAAAGAUCGAUGAGGAGGAAAAGCACCAUGAGCGUCCUUCGAUGACGGAUGAACGCAAGGAACGGAUACUUUGGCUUGCUUGCAGACUCGCACAAGCUGGACCCUGGCUUACGUAUGAUGGAACCUCGUUCAAGGCUCAAAGAGACAAGUCUUCCUUCGGAGGAGUUGUGCCUGUGUCCACUACACAUGUUUGAAACUUUCAGUAGUGCAUCUUGUGAUUAUAUAGCUUUAGCAUUUCAGAGGAGUCUCCUCGAGCAUUUAGGAGUUGGGCGUCGGCAUACAUUUACAGAUGGCACGGGCAUUUUUGAAGGAGUAACAUUCCGAGAACUAUCUUCGCAUCCCAUUGUCCCCAGAAGAGAUGGAUGGACGAGACUUGUGAAAGACAUGCUCUCGACAGUCAUGAUCUACAUGGGUGUUUGGCUCUGUUCUCUAAUCGAGAUUGUGUACAAAAAAUCACGUUGGCGUGGAGGUCUUUGCCUUUCGUCCCCCAAGCCCAGUAUGGUGGCUUCAUACGUUGCAGAAGCUUAUUUCUGUAUGUACUCACGAGAUACGAAUCUCUUUGGCUCCUGUGUGAUGUGGCUUAGAAAUUCAAGAAUCUUUGAGUAACCAACCCC